UAAAAUACUAAGAAUAUCUGUUAUUAUGAAAAGACAUAAAACAAUCAAAUAUAUCACUUUUAUAUUAUCUAUGUACCUUGAGUAAACCGUCCCGAUUCUUUCCAAUCUACUUUGUGCCAUUUUACCGGGUUUGUUCUAUUAGAAAUUCCAGUGAAUUAACGGAAAAGAGAGUCGGAUGUACAGCAGUGAAGAAAAAAAGUAUUACAUAUCUGUCAUUAAGGAUUGUGAGAGUGAGUUAACCUAUGCAGACUGGAUAAAAACUUUUGAUAUAUUCUGUAUGAUAUCCGUAAAACUGUUUUAUUAAUAAUAAGAAAUAUAAAAAGUUAUAAAAAUAUGCUGGAUAUUAACGAAGAUAAAGUCAUUGCUAUAGGGCAUGUCUUAAAUGAUAAGAACAGACCUUUAAAAGAAAGAUUCCGAGCUUUAUUUACUUUAAAGAAUAUUGGAGGACCAUUCGCAAUUGAACAGAUAAAAAAUUGUUUCAAUGAUUCGUCAGCAUUAUUGAAACAUGAGCUUGCAUAUUGCCUUGGGCAAAUGCAGGAUGUACAAGCAAUACCUGUUCUUAUUGAUAUUCUUAAGAACACCUCCCAAGAACCUAUGGUGCGACAUGAAGCUGGUGAAGCAUUAGGUGCUAUUGGAGAUCCUACUGCAAUUCCAAUUCUUGAGACAUACACUAAAGAUUCAGUAAUCGAAGUUGCUGAAACAUGUCAAUUGGCUUUAGACAGAUUAAAAUGGCUUGCUGAUUUACAUAAUACUUCAGAAGGUUUGAUAAAGAGUCCCUAUGCUUCAGUGGAUCCAGCACCACCAGCAGAAUCUAAGAAUGUAGAGAUUCUGAAGAAAAGUUUGUUGGAUGAGAAUGCAUCAUUGUUUGAUAGAUACAGAGCAAUGUUCUCCUUGAGAAAUUUGAAUACAAAGGAGAGUAUAGAUGCUCUCGGAGCAGGCUUAAAGGCUGGCAGUGCCUUAUUUAGGCAUGAAAUUGCGUUUGUACUCGGACAAAUGCAAGAAGAAGUAUCUGUACCAUACCUACGUGACUCCCUAGAAGAUCCUGAGGAAAACGAAAUGGUUCGCCAUGAAUGUGCUGAAGCUUUGGGUGCAAUUGCAACACCAGAUUGUAUGAGUAUCUUAAACAGAUACCUUGAAGACAACAAACGUGUCGUUCGUGAGAGUUGUGUCAUAGCAUUGGACAUGUGCGAUUAUGAAAAUAGUCCAGAAUUUCAAUAUGCUGACACAUUGACAAAGGUCUCAUCAUAAGUUAUAAAGUUGAAAUUUUAAUUGAAAAACUGUUAUUAAUAAAAAAAAAACCACUUCUAAUUACCACCCA